AUGUUCUGCUACCACUGCCCCCCGGGCCUCCCAGCGCCGCGAUUACCGCCAUCCCUGGAGUAUCCUUUCGCCCCGACUCACCCCUAUACUAGUUACUCCGCCUAUCACCCAGCGCUGCACGGAGUUGGAGAGGAUUCCUUCGUGCGAAGGAAGCAGCGUCGAAACAGGACAACGUUCACCCUUCAACAACUGGAGGAACUCGAGUCCGCCUUCGCGCAGACUCACUAUCCAGACGUCUUCACGAGGGAAGAUCUGGCCAUGAAAAUUAACCUCACGGAGGCUAGAGUGCAGGUGUGGUUCCAAAAUCGGCGGGCGAAAUGGCGUAAGAGCGAACGUCUAAAGGAGGAGCAACGCAAACGCGAGGGUGGAAACGGCGGUGGUGGCGGCGGCGGCGGCGGCGGUGGCGGUAACGCGGAAUCCUCCGCUCUGACCGCACCAACGUCUUCAUCGGCGGGCCCGAGUCCCACGGGGAAUGACCCAGAGGGCACAACGACGAGCAGCAGCGCCGCCGACACGGAGGACGCCGUGGCGGAAGGUGCCGGUGGCGGUGGUGGCGGCGGUGGCUCCAGGAGCCCCAGCACGACUUCCGCCUCGGUCAGUCCUCGGCCCCAGCCGAGUCAGCCGUCUCUAGGUGGCGUCUCGACGCCACCACCGACCCCCAUAAGAGCGCCGCCGCCGCCACCGAGCACCGUGGGGGGCCUUGGGCCACCCGCUGAGAGCACCACGGGGAUAGGCGCAGGCUUCAGGCCGGUGGAACCACCAACAUCCCUUUUCUUCUCGCCUCAUCUGGCCGCUCAGUUCUCGCCACCGCUCUUCGGUAAUAAAGUUGUCAGUAGCGCGUCGGCGUCGUUGACCUCGACGACGCCAUCGUUAUGGACCACCAGCGACCAGCAUCGGCCGAGCAGCCUUCAAGAAAUGUUAUCUUGGUCGCCAACCGGCUGGCCCGGUUCUAUCUGCGGCUGUUGCAAACCCGGCACCGCCGGUACCGGCACCACUGAUCUCCAUCGAAGUAACAGUUUGGCGGAGCUUCGAAGAAAAGCUCAGGAACACUCGACUGCCUCGGCUCUCCUCGGUGGUCUCGCCGGCUUCCCCGGAGGGCUACCCCUGCCUCUUCCUUUGCCGCUGCUGCCGCCCUUGUUGGGUCUCUCCAGGCGACCGGAGCACCAUCAUCACCACCACCUGCCCAGCGUGGUGCAUCAGAUACAACCCACUACCAAAGAAGAUCCCUAG